AUGGCAGAAAUCCAAGGCUACUACUUGAUGCUAUUUCUUGUAUGGCUAUCUUCUACCUUAUUUCUCAAAUAUGUUAUAUUCCGUAAAAAAACCACUCGUCAAAAUCUUCCUCCUAGCCCAUUUGGUUUACCUAUAAUUGGUCACUUACACCUCUUAUCUCCAAUUCCUCACCAAGCACUUCACAAGCUCUCCAACCGUUAUGGACCUUUGAUCCACAUAAAACUUGGCUCUGUCCCUUGUGUUGUAGUUUCAUCACCUGAAAUUGCAAAACAAGUCCUCAAAACUCAUGAAAAUUCGUUCCUAAAUCGACCACAGACAGCUGUGGUCGAUUACUUAACUUAUGGCUCGCAAGACUUUUCGUUCGCGCCUUAUGGGGUUUACUGGAAGUUCAUGAAGAAAAUAUGCAUGUCCGAGCUCCUAGGUGGUCGGACAUUGGACAUGCUUCUUCCAGUAAGGCGCGACGAAAUAAAGUGUUUUGUUGAGUUGCUUUUGCAAAAGGCCAAGGAUGGUGUAGCUGUUGAUAUUGAAGCUGAGCUGUUGAGGGCGUCGAAUAAUGUGAUAUCGAGAAUGUUAAUGAGCGAGAGGUGUUCGGAAAAUGAAGAGGAAGCUGGAAGUAUGAGGAAGCUAGUUCAAGAGAUUGCUGAACUAACUGGAAAAUUUAAUCUGUCUGAUUAUAUUUGGUUCUGUAAGAAUUUGGAUUUGCAGGGAUUUGGGAAAAGGACAAAAGAUGUGCAUAGAAGGUUUGAUGAGAUGAUGGAGAGAAUCAUAAAUGAACACCAAGAAACAAGGAGGAGGAGAAAUAGUCUAAGUAAGGGUGGAGCUGGUGAAUUAGUGAAAGAUCUGCUUGAUAUUCUACUUGAUAUAGCAGAGGACCAAGACUCAGAGCUGACAUUGACAAGAGAAAACAUCAAGGCUUUCAUACUUGACAUAUUUGCUGCUGGAACUGAUACAGUAGCAAUCACAACAGAGUGGGCAAUAGCAGAACUGAUGAAUCAUCCAACCAUUAUGGACAAGGCAGUUGAAGAAAUUGAUUCUGUGGUUGGUAAGAAUCGAGUCGUGGAAGAAUCGGACAUGGCGAACCUCCCUUACCUUGAAGCCAUUGUUAACGAAACUCUGAGACUACACCCUACAGGGCCUAUGAUCAUCAGAGAAUCAACUGAAGAUUGUUGCAUCGGAGGUUAUCUUGUACCAGGAAACACUAGGCUACUAGUCAAUACGUGGGCAAUCAAUAGGGAUCCACAAUAUUGGGAAAAUCCACUUGAAUUUUUACCUGAAAGAUUUCUGAGGGACCAGUUGGAUGUAAGGGGACAGCAUUAUCAUUUUCUGCCAUUUGGGAGUGGGAGAAGAGGUUGCCCUGGAACUUCAUUGGCAUUGCAAUUGGUUCAGACAAGCCUUGCUGCCAUGAUUCAGUGCUUUGAAUGGAAGGUUAGUGGUAAAUUAGACAUGGAAGAGGCACCUGGCAUUACUCUUCCUAGAGCUAAUCCUUUGGUUUGUGUUCCAAUCACUAGGCUCAAUCCCUUUCCUUCAAUGUGAUAUGUUAAUUCCUCACUCUGAACAACUUCACUACUUUACUUUUAUGUAUUUGUCAUUUAUCAAAUCUUGUUUGGUGUUACACUUA